UCUAUGAAAAAACCAGCGAGAUCAGAGAAGUUGGAUACGGAAAGAUGUCAGAGAAGAAGAGGAGGGAGACGGAGGUUGUGGAGGCUCCGAAGAGGGCUCGGGCGGAGGAUAAUGGAAGGGAGGCGGCCGUGACGGACGAGGAGGUUGAGGAGUUCUUUAGGACGCUGAAGCGGAUACACGUGGCUGUCAGUUAUUUCAAGGAGCGAAAUGCUGACUGGCGUCAUGCGGCGGAAUCGCCAGGAAACAGCGUUAAGAGGAGAGAGGAGGGGAAGGAAAGCACGGAGGAGACGGCGGGUCUGGAAUUGGAUUUGAAUGUGGAUCCCAUAAUUUGAUGGAGACCCGGCCCGACCUAGAUGUGUUCGUUUUUCAAUCUUCUUUUUUAAAAUAUGCACGUUUGUUAAUUUAUAAUUUGGGUUGAUUAAAAACGUACUAUUAAU